UUCUCUCUCCUACUUUCAUAUCAGUCAAUUCAAGUUGUACUUCUUCUUCGUCAUUUAAUCCAAUCAACAUCCAUUGUUGUCUGGCUUCCACGGUUGGAUACCUCGCUUUGUUAGGUACCAACAUACGCGGAUAAUGCAACUCCAGCCGCGGUGACACCGCCACAUCGCCUACUCACCGUCAUCCCAAAGCAAACACUCAGCAGCGUCCUUUUACUGCAUCAUUGCACUGCACAAAUGGCACAAAGGCAACCGGUUGUCUCUGCACUUGGCCGUGUUUUGGCAUCCGAUGAGACUUGGGCAGAUCUCGUCUCCUGGAACGAUGUCGAGGAGAUCGUAGACCCUCUGUUCCAAGGCGGUGCUCCAGCCAUCACCACCACCACUGCAGAAGAUGGGUUUGGUUCGGAUUAUCCAAUUGCUUCUUUCGAACAGUCCUUCCCAUCUGCGCCGGCAUCUAUAGUCGACGAACCAACGUUCCUUGACUACACUGUGUCUGGUGCGCCAUCUAUCAUCGAUGGACCUUCCUCGCCUGGACGAUCAUUUUCCUGGCUCAGCACUUCCCCAUCCUUCUCCACAACUGCUACCUCGCCAGCCGUGGGAAGAAACAGCAGCAGGCCAUAUGCCAAUUCUCUAAAUGCACUUGACGACCGCCCCUUCUCCCUUCGAUGUGUCCAGGACUCUCCAUUGCUAGAGACUGAGGAGCAAUUUCUUAAUCACAGCUUCCAUUCAGACAUCGCCUACGAUGCACCCUUCAAUCCAUUCCUACAUGGGACUUCGCAUACGUUCAAUUCCUUGGACGUCAGCUCUUCUCAGGCUUUCUCGAACCUCGGCGACUGGGCCGAUCAGUCGCAGACUAUUGAGCCUAUUCCUGAACUUGACCAUGCAAGAGCAAUUCCCAUUCCCCAUUCGUCCUUUUCACACAGCCAGGGCAUGCAGUCGGCGCCGAGAUCCAGUGAGCAAUACUACUCAUCCGUCAAUGAGAUGCCAGCGGGCAUUGCAAUUCCCAGACAUAGGCGGGCCGCACCGCAUGGCAUGAACGAACACUCCCCUUCUUGGAGUCAGCAUGUUCCGCCUCUGUUAUCAGUCUCCCCCGAAACGAGAAGGCGUCCUCGCAGUACUACGAUGUCGAGGACCAGUUCCCGCACAGAGCCACGACGCUCCCGUAACAGCCUUACAACUCCCUCCCCAACUUCCAAUACGUUCGGAUGGGUUUCCUAUCGCCCGAACCAGUUGACCAACAGACUGGUUGCAUCGGCGGCUGAGGGGAGCGCGGGCCGCCGACAGCGUGGCCGCACCAAGGCACUCACUGUUGAGCAACGCCAGAAUGCUGCCAUCAUGAGAAAGAUCGGUGCUUGCUCAAACUGUCAAAAGAGGAAAGAAAAGUGCGAUCGGGGGACUCCGUGCAAAUCAUGCCUGGAACAUUACAAGGGAGAUCUCAUCAACUUCCCAUGCCGCGGACGGCGCUUGUCCAACCUAUCCCAAGCAUUUCUCUCAGAGCGUUUAGGCUGGCACCCUACAGGUCGAACAUUGGAGUCAUUCGUCGCGCCACAGGGUUUUGACGUUGUGUCGGGGAUCCAAUACAACAUUCCUGUCAACUUUGGAUUCGGACCUGCUUUACAUGUUCCAGUGCAUGCUUUGCAGAUAACAGACGAGUCCAAGCUCUAUCACCAGCAUGUCGUCUACUCAUGGCCUCCCUCCAACUCGCAAAGUGGCAUUCACUCUCAUGCAAUCUUGCCAGCGGUAAUCGCUUCAGGUGCACUGCCAUCUAUCACGGAAGUACUGGACAACCACCUUUCCCUCCUUGUCACCCAGCACUUCCGCAUGUUUCCUCUCUUUUGCUCCCCUCUACGAAUCCUCAAAGGUGUUUACAUCUUCUUUAGAUCUCUGACUCCAGACAACGCACACUCUCACCUCCUUCGCCAGGCGCUUAAACUCCUAGUCUUGGUUCACAUUGGUGGGGAUAUCACGCUUCCAUCGAUUGCAUCAGAUGCUGUGCUCAUGCAACUCGCUCGGUCGUCACUGCCGCCUUCCGCCUACUCGACUGAGGUGGACGCCCCGGCGCCAACACCAUGCUUCAUUCGUGCGCAGUUUGGUGCUGCUAUGCCCGCCCUCGCGUCCGCCCUCAUGACGGAUGUGCUGUCUGCACUUGAAGUGAUCCUUUUGAACCGUGCGAACGAGGAUUGGCCCGUCGCAAUCGCGGUUUUGAUCACUCUUCUCAUGACGGUCGAGAGCAUCCAUUAUCACGAUGCAAGAUUGCCCUAUCACGCUUAUCACGACUCUGCGCACGAUCAGCCAAAUCAAAGCAGCGGGGCUGAGGCUCGAGCAGUCGACGACCAAAGUGUCGAAUACCUUCUCGAAUACUACUCGGCAUGCUUCUCGGGCUGUCAUUCCCGUCUGCGCCCAGACUGGGACGGUGAUGCAGUCCAAGAUAAGUUCAUCCAGGGCGUAAGAGAUGCCAUCAGUGAUGCUGGGGGAUAUCUCGAGGCAAAAGCUACUGGAGAGAGAACCAACGAAGAUAUGGGAUUCUUCUUUGAUCGACUCGUCGCAAGGCUUCUCAUCUUAAAGAUUUAGGAAUGAUUCAUCAUGCUUCCUUUCAUGUUGAUUUCUACCAGCUUGCUUUACAUCUCCUAGGGAUAUAUUUAAUAUCCCACAUUUCCUUCCUCAUUAUAUUUCCUUUCAUCUACAAAUUUCUUUGCUAUUUAUACGCGCCUUCUUCUUUUUUUUUUCUUUCUUGCUCUUUUUCUAACUUCACAUGCUUUCUUCACGAGACCUAUGACCAUCCUCAUGAUCAACGACUGAAGAAGAAUUUUUCCUUUUCAACGGCAUCUUUACGACUGGGGCGUUUGCGUGGCUUCAACAUACCCUUCUUUUCUCAUCCUGGUACAAAAUUGCUCCAUUUUUUUGUACAUUAUUCCACGCCUGUAACCGGUAGAGAUACCAAUGUCCAUAUCUCAGGCGCUUUGCGGUAGGCU